AAGAAAGAGGACAAAAUAUGCAGGCUCGAGGCAGAAACCUUGUUCAGGAAAGACUUGUGGCAAAGAAACAGAAAUGCUGAUGUACAGCUUGUAGCGUUGCGGUAAAUAAAAAUGGUAAGAGUCGACGUGAAGUUUGUAUGCAAAAGAGAAAGCCAGCCCGCUCGUGGAGAAGAAAGGGUUAUGUGUUUGGGUAGGGAGUUGUCAGGGGAGAAUAGAGAAGGGUGUGAGUGAGCAUGCUCUGUUUGGACUGACAUUGGAUGCCGGCUUAGCUUAGCUCUGUCUUUUGCACAAAUACACCCAGCAGCAGUGACACCUACCACACUCGGGACAGCGAGAACACCGCUUGGAUAAAUGCACAGUGCGUGGAGUCGUCUGGAAGAGAGAAAGAAGGAGAGACUUGGAUGUGGGACUUUCCCGUCUUUUUCACUCCUCUUCUCCUCGCGGGAAACCAAGAGAGCGGGGCUUGUUUUCCAAUCAGUACUGGAUUACUUUUUGUAACCAACAUACAAAGGCGGAUUCUGUUUUCCCAUUGCAAUUUUUUUGGCUGUGGUGGAUUGUGAAUUUUAUUUUUUCCUGGAUUUUAAUUUUUUUUAUUUUUUUUGUGCUGGGUAUCUGCAUUUUACGGAAUUGGUUUUUUGAGGGUUUACCUGUUAAAAAUGCAGUGGUACAUUUCCAAGCAGUUCUUCAAAGUUUGGCACCAGGACAACGGAAGGUGCUUCUUCCAAAAGGGAUAAUUAUCUAGUUUUGGAAGAAAAUCUGCCACGAGUUGGCUAAAGUGCCUCAUGUUUCCUUCUGUUCCUGGUGGCUGAUGAGGCAAAACGAGGGAGUGGCAGCCUGACCACACACCAACAGACUGCUUACAGACUACAUUUUAAUACUUUCAGUGUAACAGACAAGCAAUCUGUUAGCGUUUGACUCGGCACUGCAGAAUUAACACGCCGUGUCCUUGUUGAGCUUUGUUUUUAAUUCAGACUGCAUUCAGUUUGGCUUGAAAAGCAAGUUUGAUGGAUACCUACUCUCGUCUGUGGUGACAACAGCUGUUUUGCCUGCUUACUGCUGUGUCUAGCAGCUGAAACAUCAGAUUUUUUUGUUUUUACUUUUCUGACCAGGUCCUCUCGCUCCUCUCGCUCUAAGUUCUCAUGGGCAGUUAUUGUCCUGACCAUUAGGGAUCUGUUUGGCCUCGCCUUGUCACAACCUUCAUUUUUGCACUACACCCUGCCCUGGACCCUCGUGAGCUCAGCUUGCUAAAUGGGGGGAGCGAGAGGAAGAAAUCCGAUCCUCUGUUUUGUGGUAUGUUUCGGCCAGCAGCAGCAGUGUGUGGUUUCCAUGGAAAAGGCUGGAGAAAUAUGGCACAGCGGGGCUGCAUAAAUGCUCUACCUCUAUGUCUGUGGUCCAAGUGAAAUCGAAGCCGGCUAGCGUAGCACUGCAAACUCCACCCUGGAACUCCUUGUUCAGACUCUUCUCAUGUGUAGCCACGAGGAACGUGCACAGGACUAAAGAGGUCCCCACAUUUCAAGAGAAGACGAAAGCCUUAUUUGGAAAUCUUAUGGACGAAGAAAUGAGUCGCCAGACUGCCACCGCGCUGCCCACAGGAACCUCCAAGUGCCCCCCUCCUCAGCGCGUGCCCACCCUGUCUGGCACCACAGCCUCAAACAGCGACCUGGCCAGUCUGUUCGAGUGUCCGGUCUGCUUCGACUAUGUCCUGCCCCCCAUCCUGCAGUGCCAGUCCGGACACCUGGUAUGCUCCAACUGCCGGCCCAAGCUCACCUGCUGCCCCACCUGCCGAGGACCUCUGGGCUCCAUCAGGAACCUGGCCAUGGAGAAGGUGGCCAACUCGGUCCUCUUCCCCUGCAAGUACGCCUCGUCGGGCUGCGAAGUCACCCUGCCCCACACCGAGAAGACGGAGCACGAAGAGCUGUGCGAGUUCCGACCGUACUCCUGCCCCUGCCCCGGCGCCUCCUGCAAGUGGCAGGGCUCCCUGGACGCCGUCAUGCCCCACCUGAUGCACCAGCACAAGUCCAUCACCACGCUGCAGGGCGAGGACAUCGUGUUCCUGGCCACAGACAUCAACCUGCCGGGCGCGGUGGACUGGGUCAUGAUGCAGUCCUGCUUCGGCUUCCACUUCAUGCUGGUGCUGGAGAAGCAGGAGAAGUACGACGGGCACCAGCAGUUCUUCGCCAUCGUGCAGCUCAUCGGCACCCGGAAGCAGGCCGAGAACUUCGCCUACCGGCUGGAGCUGAACGGCCACCGGCGCCGGCUGACCUGGGAGGCCACGCCGCGCUCCAUCCACGAGGGCAUCGCCACGGCCAUCAUGAACAGCGACUGCCUGGUGUUCGACACGUCCAUCGCACAGCUGUUCGCCGAGAACGGCAACCUGGGCAUCAACGUCACCAUCUCCAUGUGCUAAGAACUUUUCCAGAGAAGAGAAGCGUUUUAAAUGAAAGUCGGCUUGUUUAGGGGCAUUUUUUUCAGGGGGUCAAACCAGGCGUGACCCCGCGGCGCCGCCCUCCCUGCGAGACGUGGAACUGGACUGUCUGCUCAGGCAGCCGUGGUCCCGGGGGCGGGCGGAUGAAUGAGUGAAUGGAUGACUGGAGGAACGAAUCAACACUCGGACAUACUGUGGGACUCGUGCGCUCACACACAGUCUCACCCCGUCGGUCAUAGGCAACAAAAAAAACCAACAACAAACUGCGAAAGUGUCAGACUCGUUUAUCGGCCACGCCUCUUUUCUCUCGGCGGCUUCCUCCCGCCGCUGUUGUUUUUACGUUUUUCCUCUCCUCCCCUUCCACUCGAGCGUUUCACACACUGCAGACUCAACAUGGACAACACACCUCCUCAGCCUCCAGCAGGCGCCACCGCUCGCAGGGCCACGCCCCCGAACGCCAUUAGCAUAUUUAAAAAGGAACAAAACAGAUUCUCUCCUCACAUGUGACUGGCGGUGCUGUCGGAGUGCGGGAAUGGAACCACCGCCCAAAGACGCAGAUGGCUGUAGCACCCCCCACACACACACACACACACACGCACACACACACACACACACACACACACACACACUCUCACUAAACAUCUCCAGGAACCUCCAACAUGCAUUGGGGGUCCCUGGACGGCUGCACCCCCGCCGUCUGGCUGGCGGACUGAUCACCGGUCGCUCCUCAGUCCGGCCGACCGUCGUCGAUAGUUAGAUUCUGCUGUCAUACUGUAUGGAUUAACGGGAAGCCCUCGAGCAACACAUCCACACCCGGACUCCUCUGGUUUUUAAGUUUCACUGUCGCGCCCCCCCUCCUCCUCCUCCUCCCGCCACGUCCUCCAGGUGUGGAGAUGAACUGACCGAGGUACAGCGGUGCCCCCCCCCCCCCCCCCCCCCCCCUUUCUGUUUUUUUUCAGAGCAAAGACAAAAAAAACAAAACCAACACUGCAUUUCAGUUGAGACGUCUUUUGGGCUCAUUUCUCCAAUCCUGUUUUUGUUUUUAAUUAUUUAGUUCUUUUUAUUUUGUGUGUGUGUGUGUGUGUGUGUGUGUGUGUGUGUGUGUGUGUGUGUGUGUGUGUGUGUGUGUGUGUGUGUGUGUGUGUGUGUGUGUGUGUGUGUGUGUGUGUGUGUGUGUGUGUGUGUGUGUGUGUGUGUCCCCCUCCCCACCCGUUACAAUGUGUUGCUAUUGUUAUUAAAUGGAGAUUAUCAUAAUUAUCAUUUUUUGUAAUGAAUUUUAAAAACAAAAAUUAAAAAGGCAGUUAUGAAACUUGUGGCUAAACUUCAGUGUUUAUAGUUAAAAGCAAGUUGUGUCGUUCUGAAAGUUUUUUUUUUUUUUUCUUCCAAGAGUUGGGUUGUGUUCAUCUACUUGUCUCUUUGUCCUCUUUGUGUGGUAAGUCUUUUUCUCUUUUGUCCCCACCCCCACACCCCCCCGUUUUUUUUUUUUUUGUUUGUUUUUUUGUCUUUGAGGAGGGAGGGAGGUCAAGCCAAUCAUCUCUCCCUCUCUCUUCACGUGGAGUCUCAGUAACGUUGCUGCUCCCCCUCAAGUCUUGACUUUUUCUGUUUUAAUUUGUCAUCAAAUAAAUCUAUCUUUUUCAUA